CGUUGGACGUUUCAUCGUUGUCCUAAGUAAACUAACUCGUGAAAACAUUUCUACCGAUAUUGCUAUUGAUUAGAACAAGUAAAACGCAAAGGAAUUUUUAUCAAUCGCGCAUAAAUAAGUUCGUUUAUCGUAACAACACAAAGGGGUGUGUGUUCACUGCCUACUCGGCUUAAUCUGCAAUGUACACAAUGAAGUUUAUUCUGAAAGUUGUAAGUUGAACGUUCUCUACGAUGGGUCUGCGAAAUCUGUAGAUGACAAAGUAUCGUUUUGUAUAUUUUUUAUUAUUUACAACUAAACGAAUCGGAUCAAAUCAAAUCAGUCGUUUCUCGAGCAAACCGAGUUGCUUAAACUCGAUUAUUGAUAACAUGUCUAUCAGUAUAUUAUCUUUUGCAUCGAUCGCUACUCGGACAAUAAACAGACAGGUAGUUGUUCUCGCGUUUUCAAGAUUUUUUCACCGUUCGUUAUCGUUAGCGCAAAUAUUCUGACUGACGAGUAAAAAUGUUUUCCAGGUUUUCCGUCGCACGUCUGUGAUUCUUCAGCAAAUUCGACGUCUGCAAGUUCACGAACAUGUCGCGUAUACUUUGUUGAAGGAAGCUGGAAUCCCGACUCCGCCAUUCAAAGUGGCGAAAACUCCCGAUGAGGCUGGUAAAGCGGCCAAGAACCUCGACACGAAAGACAUUGUAUUGAAAGCCCAAGUACUCGCUGGAGGCCGAGGAAUGGGACAUUUUAAGGGUACCGAUGUCAGCGGCGUUGUCAUGUGCGAAACAACUUUACAGGCCUGAGCAGGCGAAAGGUUUGGCCAGCAAUAUGAUAGGCAAACUGUUGCUAACAAAACAAACUGGAGAAGCUGGAAGGAUUUGUAAUUCGGUAAUGGUAACGACCAGAAUGUUUCCUCGCAGGGAGUAUUACAUGGCAGUUAUGUUGGAGACGAGUUUCAAUGGCCCGGUUAUAAUUGUGUCGAAACAAGGCGGUGUUAAUAUCGAGGAUAUCGCCGCUACGAGUCCCGAGGCCAUAGCGUACACGCCAGUCGAUAUAACGAAGGGUCUGACAGCCGAGCAAGCGAAUGAAAUCGCGAAACGGUUGGAUUUGAAAGGAGAGGAUGGACAAAUUGUUUCGGCGAUUGCUUGCAAUCUUUACGAGUUGUUUAUCGAAAAGGAUGCUUUGUUACUCGAGAUAAACCCAUUGGCGUUGGAUCUUUGCGGAGAAUAUCAUGCUUUAGAUUGCAAAUGUUCGUUCGAUGACAGUGCAGAAUUCAGGCAGAAAGAACUAUUCGCCUUGCAAGAUAUUACACAGAUGGACCCAAAUGAAGUCCGAGCGAGUAAAUUUCAUUUAAAUUAUAUAUCCCUCGAUGGAAAUAUAGGUUGCAUGGUAAAUGGAGCUGGACUAGCGAUGGCUACUAUGGACAUUAUCAAAUAUAAUGGCGGUAGACCAGCCAACUUUUUGGACGUGGGCGGCACUGCCACUGUAGAAACCGUCAAGGAAGCUUUUCAAAUAAUUGUUUCCGAUCCAAAGGUAGAAGCGAUUUUUGUCAACAUAUUUGGUGGUAUCAUGAGGUGCGAUAUAAUCGCGCAAGGAAUUAUCACUGCAUCUAAAGACCUGAACUUGACUUUACCGAUAGUCGUGAGGUUGCAAGGCACCAACGUGGAGGAGGCUAAAGUAUUAAUUCGCGAUGCUCGGUUAAAAGUUAUUUCCGUGGAUGAUUUCGCCGAAGCGGCUGAAGCGGUAGUCAAAUUGGCUUUAAUGGUGAACUUUGCGAAUUCUUUAAAUUUAGACAUUAAUUUCACGAGUAAGCAGAAAUCCGGUUACGAGACCAGCAACUGUAAACGAUAGAAGAAUAAUAACAGAAAUGUGUUGAACACCUUUAAAGAAAAAUAUCCGGGAAACAUUGAAACGUAUAAUCUGUUCUUCGUCUUUUUUACAUUAGACCAUGGUGAUUAUGGCUCUAUAUAAUUAUAGACGUACGAGUAUAAAAAAUAAAGAUCGCUUUUCAAUCCACGCUGUAUCGAGUGUA